UGCUAGGAUCUGUAAAUCCAUUAAACUGUUCAGAACCAACAACUAAAUCACUUCUUAUUGCCAUGAAAGAGGAAGUCAUCCUCUACAGCGAUGCAAGGCCAGUUAUAAGUCUGAGCACUCCCACCAACGUCACCGUGGACUUGACUCUCUAUGGAAUCUUAGGAGUGGUAAGCAACUUUGACUUAAAAUUUACAAAACCAUGACUUUUUAAGUUGCUAUAUUUUCCCUUUCAGAAUGAAAAAUCACAGGUGUUGGAAACAUAUCUGUGGGUGAGGAUGAGGUGGCAGAUUGAAGGUUUGAGCUGGGAUCCUGCUGAGUGUGGAACGAAAAAGAUCUCACUACCAAGAGAAAAGAUAUGGAUUCCAGACAUUGUCAUUAAUGAAUUCAUGGAUGAAAACCGAGCACCAGAAACUUAUUACGUCUAUGUGACCAACACUGGUCUGGUGCUUGACGGACGGCCGUUUCACGUGAUCAGCUCCUGCAGACUGGACAUCUACACCUUUCCAUUUGAUUUUCAAAACUGUACAUACACGUUCAACUCUUAUAAACACUCUCGUGAUGAUGUUCAGUUGUUCUUCUUUCUGCCAGUGGAGCAGAUAUUCAAAAAUUCUCUUGAAGCGAUGACAACUAAAGGAGAGUGGGAGCUGAUAGACAUGAGAGCAGAAAAACCUGUACAACUCUUUCUGGAAGGGGGAUGGGAUAACCUCAUUGUUUAUAUUGUCCUGAGACGUCGAGCUACGCUGUAUGUGGUGAACCUCCUGAUUCCCAGCAGCUUCCUGCUUUCUGUGGAUCUCUUCAGCUUCCUGCUGCCUCCUCAAAGUGUGGACCGUGCUUCCUUCAAAAUGACCCUCAUCUUGGGUUACACCGUCUUCUUGCUGCUAAUGAACGACCUGCUGCCCGUCACAGGAAACAACUUACCACUCAUAAAUGUGUUUUUCUCACUCUGUUUGGCCUUGAUGGUAGCAAGUCUCCUUGAGACUAUCAUCAUCACCAAUAUCAUGUAUGGUUCCCGUGACUUACCUCCCUUACCCAAGUGGCUCAGGAUUCUGGUCCUGAAAUAUCUUGCUCGACUUGCUUGUAUGAAGAAAUCUUGUGAUAAACACCUUGAAGCAAACACAUCUGAGAGCACUUUCUACAAAAACACCAUGACUGAUAACGCCAUGACUGAUAUUCCAAAGGAAGAACUAAUUAGUGCAAGUCCAGUGAGAGUCUGGGAACAUUGCCUUGAUGAAAUGAAGAAGAUGAGUACGGAUUUAUUGACCAUCCGUCACCAAGUUGAAGAGCACUUCAUUAACGACAACAGAACAGAUGAUUGGUUCAUGUUUGGUCAGGUCGUUGACCGUGUGCUCUUUAUAAUGUAUAGUCUCUUUAUUGUUGUGAGUUUGAGCACAAUUAUGGUUCUGUGGCUAUACUCAUACAGUCUUGACAAAAGGUCGUGAUUUAUUUUUGCCUGCUCUGUAAACUGAUGCCACCAAAAUAUCAGUCACUCUGAUGAUGUCAUGGUUUAUUUCUGAUGUAAUGAAAUGGAUCUUCAAAAAAAUAGUUUAGGUUUAUACCCUUUAUUGGAGCUUUAAAGGGGUAGUUCACCAAAAAAAAAUU